AUGGGCCAUGUAAUUGGUCUUGACUUGAGUGAGGAAUUAAUUUCUGGAGGAUUAAACAAUUCAAGUCUCUUUAACCUUCAAUAUUUGCUGAAUUUAAAUCUGGCUCACAAUGAUUUCAGGUCUUCCAUUCCUUCCAAGUUUGGCAAGCUAAAGAAUUUGAGGUAUUUAAAUUUGUCAAAUGCUGGCUUUCAUGGGAAUAUCCCAGCUGAGAUCUCUCACUUAACAAAUUUGACUACACUUGACUUGUCUACUUCACUUGCCUCAGAAUAUGUUCUAAACCUCCACAAGCCAAAUAUUGGAAUGUUUUUGCAGAACCUUACAAAAGUCACAGAAUUGUAUCUUGAUGGUGUAAAGGUGUCUGCUGAGGGAAAGGAAUGGUGUCAUGCUUUAUCUUCCCUUAAAAACUUAAAGGUGUUGAGCAUGUCAUCAUGCAAUGUCUCAGGACCAAUUGAUUCUUCACUAGAAAAGCUUCAGGAACUCUCAGUAAUUAGACUAAACCUGAAUAAUAUCUCAAGCCCGGUGCCAGAAUUCUUAGCGAAUUUCUCCAAUUUGAAUGUCAUGGAUCUUAGCAGUUGCAAGUUGAGUGGAUUUUUUCCAAAGGGUAUCUUCCAAAUACCAACAUUGAAAGUUCUUGAUAUAUCAAACAACCAGGACCUUCAUGGUUUUUUACCAAACUUCCCACAACAUGCAUCUCUCCACAGCAUGAAUCUUAGUGAUACAAAUUUCUCUGGGAAAUUACCAGAUUCUGUUUCCAAUUUAAAGCAGUUGUAUACGUUAGACCUAUCUAACUGCCAAUUCAAUGAAACACUCCCUAUUUCAAUGUCAGAACUCACUCAAUUUGUUCAUUUGGACUUAUCAUUCAAUGAGUUUACUGGUUCACUUCCAUCUUUUAAGAUGGCCAAGAAUCUCAAUUAUUUAUCACUCUUGCACAAUAAUUUCACAGGAGUCAUUCCAUCAGCUCAUUUUGAGGGACUUUUAAAUCUCGUCACUUUCAAUUUAGGUGAUAAUUCUCUCAAUGGGAAAAUUCCUGUGUCCCUUUUUACACUUCCAUAUUUGCAAGAACUAACACUUUCUCAUAAUGGAUUUGAUGGUCUAUUAGAUGAAUUUCCAAAUGUUUCUUCAUCUAAUUUACAGUUGAUUGAUUUGAGCAAUAACAAAUUACAUGGUCCUAUUCCUCUGUCUAUCUUUCAACUCAAAGGUCUUCGAUUCCUACAACUUUCUGCAAAUGAAUUUGAUGGCAGCAUACAGCUUGAUAUGAUUCAAAGGCUACACAAUUUGCAUACAUUAGGACUCUCAAACAACAAAUUAUCAGUUGAUAUAACUUUGAAUGAUGAUCAUGGCUUUUCAUCCUUUCCUAGCAUGAAAUAUAUAUUGUUGGCUUCUUGCAAGUUGAGAGAAUUCCCACGGUUUUUGAGAAACCAAACCCAACUAAAUGCUUUAGACCUAUCCAACAAUGAAAUUCAUGGAAUAAUACCUAAUUGGAUUUGGAGAUUUAACUCUUUGGUUUACCUAAAUCUUUCCAACAAUUUUCUCUCAAGUAUGGAAGGACCCUUUGAUGAUCUGAACUCCAAUCUAUAUAUCCUUGAUCUUCAUUCUAAUCAACUUCCUGCAUCAAUUCCUACAUUCACAAAAUAUGCAGUCCAUUUGGACUACUCAAGCAAUAGAUUCAACAUUGCUCCACCUGACAUGGAUAGGUAUCUCCCUUUUGUAUAUUUCCUCUCCCUUUCAAAUAAUAGCUUUCAAGGGAAAAUCCGUGAGUCAUUUUGUAAUUUUUCUUAUCUCCGCUUGCUUGAUCUUUCCUAUAAUAGCUUCAAUGGCUUCAUUCCCAAGUGUUUGAUGACAAGGAAUAGCACCCUCAGGGUACUAAAUCUUGCUGGAAACAAACUCACUGGUUAUAUUUCUGAUACCAUUUCAAGUUCAUGUAAUUUAAGGUUCCUUAAUCUCAAUGGAAAUCUCAUGAGUGGUGUUGUUCCAAAAUCUCUUGGCAACUGUCAGAGUCUACAAGUCUUAAAUUUUGGAAACAAUCAGUUCAGUGACAGAUUUCCAUGCUUCUUAAGGAACAUUCCCACCUUAAGAGUGCUAAUUUUAAGGUCAAACAAACUCCAAGGUCACAUUGGAUGUGAAAAUAGCACUGGUAAUUGGGACAUGCUUCAUAUUGUUGAUCUAGCCUCCAACAAUUUCACUGGUACACUACCUGGACCACUUCUGAGAAGCUGGACAAAAAUGAUGGGUAAUGAAGAUGAAUCCCAUGAAAAGUAUGGGAGUUUAUUUUUUGACAUGUUUGAUAAUCAUGACAUCAUGCGUUACAAUAAUUUGUUCUUAGUUAUCAACAAAUUUCUUGUGAUAAAAUUACAGAAAUUAUUAGCAACUGAACCUUAUUUUGUGGCUGACCACAUAUUUGCUUAUUAUGUCACUUCUAAUGAAUUUGGGGGUCGCUACUUGGAUUCAGUUACAGUUGUGAACAAAGAUAUGCAAAUGAAGUUGAUCAAAAUUCCUACCAUCUUCACUUCGUUGGAUCUCUCCUCCAACCAUUUUGAAGGUCCAGUACCUCAAGAACUUGCAAGUUUGAGAGCAUUGUAUGUUCUUAACUUGUCACAUAAUGUUUUCUCAAGUCAUAUCCCAUCUUCAAUUGGAAAUUUGGUGCACCUUGAAUCCUUGGACUUGUCAAAUAAUAAUUUGAGUGGAGAAAUCCCACUAGAGCUUGCAAGUUUAAAUUUUCUAGCAUAUUUGAAUCUCUCCUUUAAUCAUUUGGAGGGAAAAAUCCCAGUAGGUGCUCAAAUGCAAACAUUUGAAUCAAGUUCUUUUGAAGGCAAUGAAGGAUUAUGUGGGCCUCCAACGAAAAGUUGCACCAAUAAUGUAGUGGGUCAAUCAUCUCUAACACUAGCAUAUGAAAUGCAUAGACCAACUGACUGGAAUAUCUUGAGUGUGGAGUUGGGAUUCAUUUUUGGCUUCGGAAUCAUCAUCCUUCCUCUUAUUUUCUUGGAGAGAUGGAGGAUUUUGUAUUGGCAGCAAAUAGAUAACUUGCUUCAUAGGAUUGUCCCUCAACUUGGUUUUGUUUUUGAACACUAUAGAGGGCAAAAGUAUAGAACUCUAAGGUGGAUAAUGUAG